AUGGCCAUGUCGAAGACCUUGCGGAUGUUGGCUGGCGCGCUGGCCAUGGCAGCUCUGUCAAAGGCUUGUGAUGAAGACAAGAUCAAGGCUUUUGCAGCUGACUUGCAGACAACGCUCUCAGAGGACGCACGCAUAACUUACCCAGGGUCUGAAGAGUUCACAAAUGCGACAUUUCGCUGGUCGACAUAUGGAAAGCCAACUUUUGCCGUCGCUGUUGAUGUUGCCACGGAAGAAGACGUGAAUGUGGCCAAUAACCACUCAUUGCAAUUCCUAGCCACCUCAGGACGCCAUGGUGCCAUCAAAACGUUGGCUGGAUUGAGUUGUGGUGUCGAUAUCAACCUGCGGCAGCUGAACAAGGUUGACAUUCAGGCGGAUGGCCAAACUGCGAUAAUACAGGGCGGAAUAUCAACGAAAGGGGUAACCGACGCACUCUGGGAUGUUGGCAAAUGGACAGUUACUGGCAUUUGCGAGUCCACUUCGCUCAUGGGCCCCGGACUUGGUGGAGGACAUGGGUGGAACCAAGGCCGAUACGGGCUCGGCGCUGAUCAGUUUGUCGAAGCUAAUCUUGUGCUUGGCAACGGCUCUACGAUUACAGUUUCAGAUGAAUCUCAUGAUGACCUCUUCUGGGCGCUACGCGGCGCUGGUCAUAAUUUUGGUAUUGUAACCUCCAUCAAAUAUCGCAUCUAUGAUGUGCCUGAGAACAAUACGUGGCUUGUAGGCCAGUACGGGUACACACAGGACAAGCUUGAGGCGCUUUUUGGCUUGUUCAACGAGUUCACGGCCGGUGGAGAGCAGCCAGUUGAGCUGCGGUACUGGGCGACCUUUGUCCAUAACCUCAGUGUCGAUCCUGUCAAUGCGGCCAUUCUUCUCUGGCUUGUGUAUGAGGGGACCGAAGAGCAAGCAGCUCCAUAUAUCUCUCAGCUCGAGGCUAUCGGCCCAGUCACGACAACUUACAGCUCGACGAACUAUCCAGGGCUCGGAGCCUUGACCGGCAACAACAUACCCGAUAACUUGACUUCAGACUUGCACAUCUCACGUUUUCCCAUCGGGACCAAGUCCUUCAAUCUGACUGCGCAUCGCAAGGCGUACGACAUUUUCAACAACGUUACAAUAACGUAUCCCGCACUGAAUGGCUCAGCUUUCCUCAACGAGGGCUACUCAGUCAAGGCUGUACAAGCCAUACCAAACGAGAGCACUGCGUAUCCGGAGAGAUUCAACAAUCUUUUAAUUUCGGCCAAUUUGAGAAACGUACCCGACCCCUUCCUGGACCAAGUUAGCACCGAUGCCGGGCUUGAAAUCAGGCGAGUUCUGUUGGAAGGCACUGGAUCUUCGGAAAUGAACACAUAUGUAAACUAUGUCGUUGGCGAUGAGAGCCUCGAGGACUGGUAUGGUCAUGAAGAGUGGAGAAUUGAAAGGCUAAGGUCUCUGAAGGCAAUGUACGACCCAGAUCACAAGUUCAGCUUCUAUGCGCCUAUCGAGUAA